UCUAGCAAGUUAAUGCGUCUGAACCACAACCUCUCAGCAAAGCACUACAAAUUUUUCCAUGCUAAGACAAAGUACUCCGGCGGACGUGAUCGAGUACCCGAACGCCUACGUGUACAUCGUCGACAUGCCUGGGCUGAAGAAGGACCAGAUGAAGGUCCACAUGGAGUACAACACGUUGGUUGUGAGUGGAGAGAGGAAGAGUGAGAGGGAGAAGGAGAAGGAAGUUAAGGAAGGGAUUAAGUACAUAAGGAUGGAGAGGAGGUUAGAGAAGUAUUUGAAGAAGUUUGUUUUACCGGAAAACGUGAAUCCGGAGAAGAUAUCGGCUGUUUAUCAGGACGGGGUGUUGACUGUGACGGUGGAGAAGAAGCCGCGGCCUGAGCCCAAGAAACUCAGGAGUAUUGAAGUGCAGGUCGCGUGAGGAAGGGCGUUUGAAGAAGGUGGUGGACUGCUUUACUGCUUUUUUGCUGUCCUACGUGUCACAAAGUUUUUUUUUUGCGUGCCUUUGUAUGUUGCUGUUAUCUUACGUGUCUUUGCCAUUGAGGUGCCACGUGGAAGUCCGGUUCCUCUGCUUUGUUUUGUGUGUACAGUAUAAAGAACAAAAUAGUGGAUGUUCAACUCUCCUCAAUAAUACUUAGCACUUGACAAAA